CAAGUGGCAGACUCACAGGACUGUCUGUGCCGAGCUCACCUGUGUCUGCCACACUUCCACCUGAGCGCUGAAGAAGAAUGGACGACAAUAUAUUUUCUGCUCUAAAGAAUCUGCAUUUAGGAAAUCCUGCAGUAAAUAGUGAGAAUGAAAAGGACCAGGAUGAAGUGUCUGAGGCUCCUCAGGACCCCCGUGUUGGAGUGAACGAUGAGAAUUCUGACAGAGGGAACUGGGCCAGAAAAACAGACUACUUGCUGUCCAUGAUUGGCUACGCGGUGGGUCUGGGAAAUGUAUGGAGAUUCCCAUACCUGGCUUACAAGAACGGAGGAGGUGCCUUUCUCAUUCCCUACAUCAUCAUGCUGACCUUUGCCGGACUGCCUCUGUUUUUCUUGGAGUGCUCCUUUGGGCAGUUUGCCAGCCUAGGACCUGUGUCACUGUGGAAAUCUGUACCCAUUCUGCAAGGUGUGGGUAUUACAAUGGUUCUGGUUUCAGCUAUAGUGUCAAUCUACUACAACUGUAUCAUCGGCUACAGUAUCUACUACCUGUUUGCAUCCUUCCAGAACCCAUUGCCAUGGACUGACUGCUAUGACUGGUCCAAUGAGAAGUGCAGCAAGCAGAAUAAAGAUUUAUGCAAAAAGCCAGUUGCGGGCGGCAGUUUUGAAGUAGUGAAUGCAACUUGGUUAGAGGAACACAAUGAAAUCUGUGCACAAGAGAACAUCAUCCCAUCUGCAUCUCUGCAGAGCCCGAGUGAGCAAUACUGGGACAUUGUGGCUCUACGUCGUUCAAGUGGACUGGAUGAAACUGGUGAGGUCGUCUGGCACCUGGCUCUCUGUCUUCUUUUGGCUUGGACAAUAGUUGGCGUUGCAAUGUUUAAAGGAAUAAAGUCUUCUGGGAAAGUUGUGUACUUCACGGCCACGUUUCCAUAUGCAGUUCUGCUCAUCCUUCUGAUAAGAGGUGUUACUCUGGACGGUGCUCGCCAGGGGAUUGAAUACUACAUUGGGACUCAGUCAGACAUUUCCAAGCUUCACGAUGCUGAGGUUUGGAAGGAUGCUGCCACUCAAAUUUUCUUUUCUCUUUCCACGGCAUGGGGAGGCCUCAUGGCUCUAUCGUCGUACAACAAAUUUCACAACAACUGCUACUGGGACGCAAUAAUUGUCUGUACAACCAAUUGUGCGACGAGCAUCUUCGCUGGGUUUGCCAUCUUCUCUAUCCUCGGCCACAUUGCUUAUGUAUCGAAUAAGCCAGUUUCAGAUGUAGCGCAGUCAGGUUUCGGUUUGGCCUUCAUUGCAUACCCAGAAGCCCUUUCCCAGCUGCCAGUUUCCCCCUUGUGGGCUGUGCUCUUCUUCUUCAUGCUGAUAACACUGGGUCUCGACUCCAUGUUUGCCUUUAUAGAAACUAUCAAAACAACCCUGCAAGAUGAGUUCCCCCAGUUACGAUCUAAGGGAAUUCACGUGACAAUUGCUCUCUGUGCCACAUGCUUUCUUCUUGGGCUCCCCUGUGUUACUAGGGCUGGAAUUUAUUGGGUGAAUUUUAUUGAUCAUUUCUGUGCAGGAUGGGCCAUUCUCAUUGCUGCAGUACUGGAACUCAUAGGAAUCAGCUACAUCUAUGGUGGAAACCGAUUCAUUAAAGACAUUGAAAUGAUGAUUGGAAAGAAACAGCGCCCCUUCUGGUGGUUUUGGAAGGCCUGUUGGUUUGUAUUCUCGCCGGGUUUGCUUUUGGCAGUCCUGAUCUGGUCCCUGGUGACCUUCACCUCGCCCUCAUAUGGGACAGUGCAGUAUCCGAUCUGGGGGGUCGUCAUGGGUUGGUGCAUGAUUGCUUUCAUACUGGUCUGGAUUCCCAUUGUUGCUGUUGUUAAGAUUGUCAAAGCUGACGGCAACUUGUGCCAACGCAUCAGGAAGGUGUGCUCCCCAACUCCGGACUGGGGUCCCUACCUUGAGUGCCACAGGGGUGACCGAUACAGCCAGCAGCAGAGUGCGGGGCAGAACCCUCCCCCCAGUAACAAAGAAACACAUUUGUCUUCGGUUUACGUUACUGAUUUUGAUACCGGGCUAUGAGUACAGUAUCUUAAUCUAACAGAUUAUUAAAGUCAGAUAUUCCAAGUCAUCAGUGUAAGUUUAUGUGAAGCCCCAUUUUAAACCAAGUAAUUCUUGAAUUCUGACAGGCUGUGAGUUAAAAGACAAUUCUCAGGUUCCUGCUCUGACAUUGAUACUUUCCUUUAUGGAACAAAAAUAUAUUGAAAUAUAUUGAGAAAUAUAAUGUAAUAUAUUA